AUGACCUUCAGUAAAAUACUUAUUGCUAAUCGCGGUGAAAUCGCAUGCCGAGUUAUUCGUACUGCUCAACGUCUUGGUCUUCAGUCGGUUGCUGUUUUCUCUGAUGCUGAUCGCGGUUCAUUACAUGUUCGAAUGGCUGAUGAAGCUAUUCACAUUGGUCCACCCGCUGCACUUCAAAGUUAUUUACGUAAAGAUAAAAUCAUUGAUGCAGCUAAACAAACAAAUGCUCAAGCUAUUCAUCCAGGUUAUGGUUUUCUAUCAGAGAAUUAUGAAUUUUGUACGAUGUGUAAGGAAAAUAAUCUCAUAUUUAUUGGUCCACCACCAAAUGCUAUACGUGAUAUGGGUAUUAAAAAUUUGAGUAAAAUUAUAAUGCAUGAUGCUAAUGUACCGGUUAUUUUUGGUUAUCACGGUGAAGAUCAAUCAGAUGCUACAUUAUUUAGUGAAGCAAAAAAGAUUGGUUAUCCCAUAAUGAUUAAAGCUGUACGAGGUGGUGGAGGAAAAGGUAUGCGUAUUGCACUUAAUGAGAAUGAGUUUAUGGAUCAAUUAAAUGCUGCAAAAUCUGAAUCAAGAAAAUCUUUCAAUGAUGAUUCUGUAUUACUUGAAAAAUAUAUCCAACGUCCUCGUCAUGUUGAAGUACAAGUAUUUGGUGAUAUGCAUCAAAAUUAUGUUUAUCUAUUUGAACGUGAUUGUAGUGUUCAACGACGUCAUCAAAAAAUCAUUGAAGAAGCUCCGGCACCUGGUCUUGAUUGGUCAACACGUAAGAAAUUAGGUGAAGCAGCUGUUAAAGCAGCUCGAGCUGUUAAUUAUGUCGGAGCAGGAACAGUAGAAUUCAUUAUGGAUGAAAAUCAGAAUUUUUAUUUUAUGGAAAUGAAUACACGUUUACAAGUUGAACAUCCAAUAACAGAAAUGAUUACUGGUACGGAUCUUGUUGAAUGGCAAAUAAAAGUUGCACAAGGUGAAGUUUUACCACUUAAACAAGAUGAUAUUAAAUUAAAUGGACAUGCAUUUGAAGCACGUAUUUAUGCUGAAGAUCCUGCAAAUCAAUUUAUGCCUGGUAGUGGUCGUUUAACUUAUUUACGAACACCACCCACUGGUGGUGAUGGAAAAAUUCGUGUUGAAACCGGUGUUCUCGAAGGUGAUGAAGUAUCUGUACAUUAUGAUCCUAUGAUUGCUAAAUUAGUUGCUUGGUCAACAAAUCGAGGUAGUGCAUUACAAAAACUUCGUAAUGCUCUUCAACAAUAUUAUAUUGGUGGUUUAAAAACAAAUAUUCCAUUUUUAAUGUCACUUUGUGAUAAUAAACAAUUUCAACUAGGAAAUGUACACACUGAUUUUAUUAAAGAAAAUAAAGAUGCUUUAUUUCAUUUACAACAAAUAACACCAACUAUAGCUGUUGCAGCUGCUUCAGCUUUUAUCAAUUCUCAACAACAACCGAUACAAUCUAAUCCAAAUGCUGCACCAUCAUUUUUCACUACAUGUAACAAUUCUUUUCGUCCUAACUUUUCACAAAAACAAUCAUUAACAUUAAAUUAUGAUAAAAAAGAUUAUCAAUUCCAAAUUGAACGUAUCGAUAGUUCCAAUUUACUUGUUACUUAUGAAAAUAAAACAUAUCCCGUUGAAAUUCGUCCAACAAAAGAUGAACUUAUUCUUCUUAUUGAUGGUCAUCAAUUUCGAUGUCGUGUUCAUAUUGAUGGUGAUACAUGUACAUUCUAUUCGAAUGUAAGUGGUACUUCAUUUGAUUUUAAAUUACGACCACCAUCAUUUCUUGCUAAACUUGCUUCAUCUGGUUUGGGUGGUGCAGCAGCAACAUCUGAUAAUCCAAUUGCACCUAUGCCAGGUACUAUUGAUAAAAUACUUGUUCAAGAAGGUACAAAUGUUAAACAAGGACAACCAUUAUUAGUAAUGACAGCGAUGAAAAUGGAACAUGUAAUUAAAGCAAAUAAAAAUGGAACUAUUGGAAAAAUAAAUGCUAUCGCAGGCAAAGUAGUUAAAAAAGGUGAAAUACUCUUAACAUAUGUUGCCGACGAUAAAAAACAAAACUGA